AUGGAUCAACUUCACUCUCCAACAGUCGACCAUGUUCUGACAUUUUCUCCAUACAGUAUAAAAAUCGCACUGCCGGUCAUGGAAUAUCUUACACUUCAAGAUAUUCCGCAUCGCCACUGCAACCCAGUAAACUCACACAGAAUGGCUUCCCUGUCAAGUGAGAGGCCUGUGGGACACAUGGCAGCGGUAUGUCAAUAUUCUUCUCUUUCUUCGCGCUCUCCAGACUCUCUUUAUACGAUCCUUCCUCCCGUCACCAAGUCCACUGGCUACAGAUACGCCUGCCGUAUCAAGAAACGUCAACGGGCAGCGGCUCAGCCCAACCGCCCCCUCCGCGAAAUUUCCCUCCCUGAACACCCCGCUUCCCCUUUUCCCUCACCCGCAUGCUCGCGUCGAGGUCUAGAGGGCGAUCUCUUUCGUUACUCGCUCGAGUGCGAUAUAGACCCUCUCAAACGCGACUAUGCUCUAUCCGCCACCCACCCAGAACGCAGCCUUUCGAAGCGAGAGGAGUACACUGCUUGGUGCAAUACUAAGACCAGAUCGCAGAACCACCUUCAGCGAAGCUCGCCACCCUUGCAGCCCGGAGAGCAGAACCUCCCUGGGAAGCUACCCUCAUUUAAUGAGUUUGUCCAGACCACUAUUGAAAGAACACCACCACAUACGCCGUCCCGGAGAAAUGAUUCAACCGAGAACUCCCCACGGGUACGCCCGCAAUUCGAUGAUGUAGCCUGGUCAGACAGCAAGCGCAGACGCGUUGAUACAUUGGGCGACAUCUACGCUCGUCCCUCCAACGCUGCAGAGUACCCGCCGGCUGAUCUUCGCCGUAUGAGCUCUGCCAUUGAUCCAGCACUGUAUCAUGCAGACUCUACUCGGACCCGACAGCAAUCAGCAGGCCCUAGUCUCCAUCGUCCAAGCUUGCCCUACCCUCCUCCUGCACCAGCGUCCACACACGCACGUCAUCAGUCUCAACCAGUCGCCCAGAGUCAUCCAUCCUACCAACAACCUCCCAUGCACGCACACCGAAUGGUUGUACAGGGCUCUUACGCACAACCCCCGCCUCAACCUGGAAUGAUGUAUGAGCGCAGACAGAGCUACUACCAAGACCCGCACAUGCAGCAGCACGCCUAUCCAUACGAUGACCGCCGCGAAUCAGUGUACUACGCUAACCAACAGUUUGCUGCGCCGCCGCCUGCGGGGUACGAACAGGGCUACUACGAUGUCAGGUUCCAGCAGCAUGUUGGUGUCGAUCACAACGCGUUCAACCGCAAGCGACGCGGUAAUCUCCCCAAAGAAGCCACGAAUCUGCUAAAGGAGUGGUUCAACGCAAACCGUCAGUCACCAUACCCUAGUGAAGACCAGAAACUUGAUCUGUGUCGGGCAACCAACUUGUCCUUGAACCAGGUCAGUAACUGGUUCAUCAACGCGCGUCGCCGUGCCCCGCAGAAAGAGCAACGAGAGCGCGAGGCCAACAACAGUACCGAGCAGUAG